AUGGCUACUGUUGCUGUCAUAGAAGCCCUCAAAGAAUCUGGUAUGCAGCACACUGCUCAGUAUCAACUUAACUAUCUAGAUGAGUUCGAGGCAGCCAACACGGAUGGAGACGAAAACAUCCCUCAACACAUAGUCGAGCUACGACUAAUCCGCUCUUAUCUUCUAGACGUCGCCUCAGGCACUGUUGUUUGGGAUACCGAAGAAGUUGCUCGUCGCGUCAAACUAGGCACAGAAGGAAGCACUUCUGAUCAUGCUCCUGAGAAGGAGCGCGGUAACGUCAACAACACGCCUACCACACAUGCUGCCAAAGCCAAACAUACAAUGGAAUUUGGGGAACGUGUCGCCAAUGCGAAGCCCAAGCUGUCCAAGGUUAUGUCAGAUGCAAUGUCAUUCCUUCGAAGCGCGCCCCAGAGUGCUUCACCAGAAGGCGUAACUGGUGUAUCUAGCCCUACAGAGCUGGCAGUUGUGCCCUCUUCUGAAACCUUGGAGGAGGAAGACCUGAUCUCCUUUGACCCAGCUCCAGAGGUUACGCCCAGCAAGAACGAACCUAGCGACGUCUCAAGUAUCAGAUCUCCCCAGAACGUCUUAUUGGACAUCGACGAUCACGUCAAAACUGAGUCUCCUCAAUGGCACAUUGUCCUUGGUCGCUACCCGACGCUCAGUUUGACUUCGGUCAAGAAGGAGGAAGUGGAGUGUUUCGUUUGUCACAAGGCCUCCACUGAGCCGUUUACUACAUGCCAAUGCAGCCACCAGUACUGCCCAGAUUGUCUUUUCAAUCUGGUCAAGACUUCAGUUCUGGGAGCCGCUGUAUUCCCUCCUACUUGCUGUGGACAAUUGGUCCCGGUGGAUAUCAACUCUGCGGUCUUUGACUUGGCGACCUUGCGUGACUUCUUGACCAAGAAGUUCGAGAAUGACCAUGAAAUCAACGUUGGGUCACCCCAGGAUCAAGAACUCGACGGUGAACUCACCCAGGCACCAGAUCAGGUAUCACUUUCACUCGAGAAAGCCAAGCAAGGACUGUGUUAUCUGUGCCAUCGGGUCAAUGAGAAGGACGCUUUUUGCCCUGAUUGCUGCUAUCGCUGCAACUCAAGCCGAACACAGUGCAAGUGUCCCUGGUGGGCUGAACGUGAGAAGCGGGAAGCAGUGAAAAAGGUUGUUGCCGAAUCGUCCUUCAACCCACAAGCACAGGGUUUCAACCCAACUGUCAACAAUGGGUCUGGGCAAGAGUCGGCAGGUCGGGUCUUGCAUCGGCCACGCAAGUCGGAAUCAGCCGAUUAG